AUGGGGGACGGCAAAGUCAACAACCUAAUUAUACCAGUACAAAACUGCACCGUGCCGGGGCCUGUCCUGGUGCCAUCUUGGAAAUGCCCACUCUCAGAUGGUGGCCCCUCCAUCUUCAUGGAGGCUGACGGAGCCAGUGCAGCUGGAAGGAAAAGCACGGUUAGCAGGGAGCGCUUGAAGCGCAGUCAGAAGAACGCCAAGGUGGAGGGCCCGGAGCCAGUGCCUGCUGAGACCUCGGUGAGUGCCGAGCAGGGGACGAUGACGGAGGUGAAGGUGAAAACAGAACUAGCAGACGACUACAUCCAGGAGGUCAUCUGGCAGGGCGAGGCCAAGGAGGAGAAGAAGGCAGCUGGCAAGGACGGAGCUGGUGAUGUGCCUGCUGAAAUCUGUGUGGUGAUUGGUGGUGUCCGCAACCAGCAGACCCUUGAUGGAAAAGCUCCAGAAGGCAGCCCCCACGGUGGAUCUAUUCGGAGCCGGUAUUCAGGGACCUGGAUUUUUGACCAAGCUUUGAGAUGUGCAUCUGGGUCCUAUGAAUGCGGCAUCUGCGGCAAGAAGUACAAGUACUACAACUGCUUCCAGACCCACGUGCGGGCGCACCGAGAUACCGAAGCCACCUCAGGGGAGGGCGCCUCCCAGAGCAACAAUUUCAGGUACACGUGUGACAUCUGUGGGAAGAAAUACAAAUACUACAGCUGCUUCCAGGAGCACCGAGACCUUCACGCUGUGGAUGUGUUCAGUGUGGAAGGGGCUCCCGAGAAUCGGGCAGACCCCUUUGACCAAGGUGUUGUGGCCUCGGAUGAGGUGAAGGAGGAGCCUCCGGAGCCUUUCCAGAAAAUUGGACCAAAAACCGGCAAUUACACGUGUGAGUUCUGUGGAAAGCAGUACAAGUACUACACGCCCUACCAGGAGCACGUGGCCUUACAUGCCCCCAUCAGUACCGCCCCCGGGUGGGAGCCUCCAGAAGAUCCAGACACUGGUUCUGAGUGUUCCCAUCCAGAGGUCACCUCUUCUCCACGCUUCGUGGCGGCGAAGACCCAGACGAACCAGUCAGGGAAGAAAGCUCCAGCCUCCGUGGUCCGAUGCACCACCCUCUUACACCGUACCCCUCCAGCUACCCAAACUCAAACAUUUCGAACUCCAAACUCGGGGUCUCCAGCAAGCAAGGCAACUGCAGCAGAAAGCACCUUCAGUCGGCGGGUAGAAGGCAAAGCACAGAACCACUUUGAAGAGACCAACAGCAGCUCACAGAAUUCUAGCGAACCCUACACAUGCGGUGCCUGCGGUAUCCAGUUCCAGUUCUAUAGCAACCUGCUGGAGCACAUGCAGUCCCAUGCAGCGGACAGUGAGAACAACAUGGCCUCCAGCCAGUCCCGAUCUCCACCCGCUGCGGUGGAGGAGAAGUGGAAACCUCAGGCCCAGAGGAACAGUGCCAACCACACCACAACUAGUGGUUUGACACCCAACAGUGUAAUCCCUGAAAAGGAGCGGCAGAACAUUGCAGAACGGCUUCUGCGGGUCAUGUGCGCUGACCUGGGUGCCCUGAGCGUGGUCAGUGGGAAGGAGUUCCUCAAGUUGGCCCAAACCCUGGUAGACAGUGGCGCCCGCUAUGGAGCCUUCUCAGUCACCGAGAUCCUGGGCAACUUUAACACUCUAGCACUGAAGCACCUGCCACGCAUGUACAACCAGGUGAAGGUGAAGGUGACAUGCGCCCUGGGCAGCAAUGCCUGCCUGGGCAUUGGUGUCACAUGCCACUCCCAGAGUGUGGGCCCUGACUCCUGCUACAUCCUUACGGCCUACCAGGCUGAGGGCAACCACAUCAAGAGUUAUGUGCUAGGCGUGAAGGGUGCGGACAUUCGUGACAGCGGUGACUUGGUGCAUCAUUGGGUGCAGAACGUGCUGUCAGAGUUUGUGAUGUCAGAGAUCCGGACUGUGUAUGUGACGGACUGCCGGGUGAGCACAUCUGCCUUCUCCAAGGCUGGCAUGUGCCUUCGCUGCUCAGCCUGUGCCUUGAACUCAGUGGUGCAGAGUGUGCUGAGCAAGCGGACACUGCAGGCCCGCAGCAUGCAUGAGGUCAUUGAGCUGCUCAAUGUGUGUGAGGACUUAGCAGGCUCCACGGGCCUGGCCAAGGAGACCUUUGGCUCUCUGGAGGAGACAUCACCCCCACCCUGCUGGAACUCAGUAACAGACUCUCUGCUUCUGGUCCACGAGCGCUAUGAGCAGAUCUGUGAGUUCUAUAGCCGUGCCAAGAAGAUGAACCUCAUCCAGAGCCUCAACAAGCACUUGUUGAGCAACCUGGCCGCCAUCCUGACACCUGUGAAGCAGGCAGUCAUCGAGCUCAGCAAUGAGAGCCAGCCCACCCUGCAGCUGGUGCUGCCCACCUAUGUCCGGCUGGAGAAGCUCUUCACAGCCAAAGCCAAUGACGCGGGCACCGUCAGCAAGCUUUGCCAUCUCUUUCUAGAAGCUCUCAAGGAGAACUUCAAGGUGCACCCAGCCCACAAGGUGGCCAUGAUUCUGGAUCCCCAGCAGAAACUGCGGCCAGUGCCACCCUACCAGCACGAGGAGAUCAUCAGCAAGGUGUGUGAGCUCAUCCAUGAGGUGAAGGAGUCCUGGGCCGAGGAGGCCGACUUUGAGCCUGCCUCCAAGAAGGCACGCUCAGCUGCGGGCGAGCACCCCACAACUCAGGAGGAUGACCGGCUGGGCAAGAAUGAAGUGUAUGACUACCUUCAGGAACCUCUCUUCCAGGCCACUCCUGAUCUCUUCCAGUACUGGUCAUGUGUGACCCAAAAGCACACGAAACUCGCCAAGCUCGCAUUCUGGCUCCUGGCUGUUCCUGCUGUGGGGGCUCGAAGCGGGUGUGUAAAUAUGUGUGAGCAAGCACUUCUGAUUAAAAGGAGGAGGCUGCUUAGUCCAGAAGACAUGAACAAGCUCAUGUUUCUGAAAUCUAACAUGCUUUAAGACUCGACUUUGGGGAAAACAAACAAAAGACAAAAGAUGAAAAGACAAACAUUAGGAAAACACACACACAAUACUGUCACAAAGAAAUUUAAGUUCUAAACACUGUGGAACCUCAUUGUAAAUGCCCCUGGAAACUUAAGUGCUUUUUUUAGUGUAUGUGUGUGUGUGCGUGUGUGUGUGCACGUGUCCACACCCACACAUGUGACAUUGCAUGGGUAAAGGGUGUGGGGAGCUCAUGCUUCAGUGCACAGGCAGAGCACACACACACACACACACACACACACACACACACACACAAACCUGGUGUGUGUGCACACACCUGUUCUCGGGCGUGUGUGCAUUGAGCUGGGUGUGUCAGGAAAGCCGAGAGACUGGGAAAGCAGAUGGUUUCACUUUCCUCGGGCAGGGGCUCAAAGGACUCCAUUUUCAGGUGUGCAGAGUGGGAGAAGCUGAGAUUGUGAAAUAUUCAGGCAGCUGAGUGGCUUGAAGUCCCCUCCCCAUCUCCAGCCCUUCCUUUGCAUUCCUCCGACCCCUGAACCCGUGGCCCCCUCCUCUGCCACAGCUGCUCAUCAGAUGGACAGUUUCUGCACUGGACUUCCUUGUUUCACCUUCAGGGCAUUAAGCUGCUGUACCUGUGACCUCCCCCUGGGAUGUCUGGGGCAGCUGCCUUAGAUACACACUAUCUCCCCAAGUCAGGAAAGGAGACUUGAAAAAUAGAAAACUGAUGUUUUACUUUUUAAUAUAAGAGAGAGAAAAAAAAGACAUUUUUUUUCCAGAGAUGUAUAGCUGACUCUACAUGCAAGGUUUUUUGUUUUUUUUUCCUCCAAUGCAAUUUCUUAUCUCUGGGGAUUCAGUUUCUUUUCACUUUUGAUUUAGACUGCUGGGAGGCGCUGAAUGUUGUAGCUUAUGUUCUGCAGUUUUGUUUUGUUUGGUUUACUUGCCCUUUUUUGAUGACAAGUCACACUGUAAACCAAGCUCGUCUCAGAGGCGGUGAUCAGGACGCACAUGGCAGCAGUCAAGCAUAUGGCUGUGCAUCUGGGGUAGGGAGUUGAGAGGAGUCAUGGUUCCUUGGCUGUGGCUUUGGUGGAAGCCAUAGUGGGCAGCAUGUGGCUUUAGGGGUCCUGAAUGUCAGCAGGAGGCCACUGCCUGGUUUCUGCCUGUGGUAGUGUGCAUGUCAACCUCUUGAAUGUUCACCUCCAUAUGACUCACCACAUCCUAACCUCCAGCUCUUCAGGGACCGUCAUAUACUCCACAUCUGUGUCUGCCAGACCUACAGUCUCUCUCCCUCUCUCCCCUGGGAGUCUGUAGCCCUCAGAGGUCUCCACAGGCACCGCAGACCUGCAGUCAGGGCAUUGGUGUGGCACAGUACGUGGCUGGUUGAACACUUGGCAUCCUGUGGGCAUGAGCUUAACUGAACGCUGUGAAAGGGGUUGUUAGCCCUUGCUGCUGAUUCCCCCUGGGUGGGAACUCGUGUUCUACACAGUCCAGAUGCUAAGAGGGGACAGAUGAGCACAACCUCCCCAUAAAUAAAGAACUUGGUGUCCCUGGUCCUCUGGCGACCACAGCUGUGGGAUGGGCUUGCAUGCACAUCAGGCUGAGAACGGCCACCCCUGUUGGUUAUUUGCAAAAGCACCUCUACCACUUGGGGCUUGGACUGGCCCCCUCUUCCCAGUCCUAAAGCAUUACUCAACUGAAAGAUACCUCGACUUCAAAAGCACUGUACCCAGAGUGUCUCCAGAUCCCCAACAAGAGGGGUGAAGAUGGUUUAAAAACUCAAAGGCUUCUUGUUACGUUCCAGGUUCCAAAACACUGUCCUUGAGGAGUAAGCCUGCACUCUUUGCCUCAGCAGACUGCCCAAGCUAUCCUGCUGAUACUCAGAUUCACAAUAGAGCAGAGAAGACUGUCCAGUUCACUCCAGCUUUGAUCUCAGGAACCUCCACACAGUCUCUACUCCAGGGCAAGUUCUGGGCGAUUCCAUCACAAUGUCUUCAAUUUGGGUCUUAGCAUCAGAGGAACCUCUGUUCACAGUGGAGAAAUCCAGACAGGAACGAAUGUCACUCCCUGAAGAAUGUAGGAAUGUCUUCAGACUUAGGACAUUCCAGAAGGUGGGCUCUGGUUGGCUAAUGGUGUACGCCUCCAAUCUCCCUCAGCUAUUGGGAAAGGGGCCACAACCUGACACUUGUAGGCACACUGGAAGCGGAGUGCUCAGUGCAGUCAGUGAGAGCCUAAGCUGGGCUGAGCUGCUGUUGCUGGCUCACAUCAGCCAAGCCCGUAUGUGCUGGGCUGAGCUGCUGUUGCUGGCUCACAUCAGCCAAGCCAGCAUGUGCAUUUCAGGCAUUCUUUUUGAAGCAUGGAAUAUUUGCCCUCCAGAAAGAAAAUUGGUGUUAAACUCCAGGCAUCUGGUCAAAGGCCGUCACUUCCUGUCCAGUUCCUUCGCACUUAGACCCUGGACUUUGAUCUCCUCCGUAGGUCCAAUACGAGCCCCAAUCAAUCCUCAGAACCUGUCUCCCAGGCCGCCUAGUCCUCACAGAUUAUAAAGUGGCAGGCUGUCAAUCAUUUCUCUCUAGUUUCAACCAGAAAGACUGUGCCUAUCACACGGUGCACAUCCUGCAACCAACAGCUCAUAAAUCCCAAAGAUCUCCCGGGUUCAUCCACAGGCUCCCGCAGCAGCAAUAGCCACCUUACCAAAUUCUAGUUCAGCCAAAGCACUAAGAUAGGCUCUUCCAGUUUGUCUCCAAUUGCCUGGGCUGGCCCUGACCUUCAGAAAGGUCUUUGUCAUCUGCCUUCUCGUUCUGUGACCACUAAAGUUCUGCACCAUAAGCUUUGGGGGACUGGGAGGCCAGGAAGCUGGGCCAUUUCUAUCUCUGUUCUCAUAGCUUACCUUGAGCUGUGUGAUUCCCUGGCCGAAAAUUGUCUUUGCUUUGACAUCUGUGAACCCAAACAUGGAAGUAGAGAAGAUGAACAUCCAUUAGCAAUGUUCUCUGCAAAGUUGAGGUCACUCAUGAAGCCCAAGCCAGGGACUGUGACUUGUUUGCCUGGUGGCUCACCGCUCAAGAGGUUUCAGGUCUGUGAGGGGCGAUUGUACAUGGAAGCCCUUGUUCUUAGCGUGGCUGUGUUCCCAGGACCCAAGUCUACCUGCCAGGCCUCCUUUGCAUGGCAUAUUCAGCAACCAGAAACAAGACGGGUGCUUCCCGAGCACAACUGUCUGCAUUUCAUCCCUAGGGAUUGCCUGCACAGAAGUCUUGUGCUACAGCACCAAUGAUGUCACCAUCCCACUUGAGGACUUCGUGUUUGGCAUGGUGGGGCAGGCUUGCUCUUGGCCGGGGAAAGGUGCCCGUUUCCUGGUGGGAACGGCAACCGGUGAGAGUGAUGAGAGCCCAGCUUGAGGUUUUAGGACGGUCCUGACCCCUGCUGUGCAGGCUGGCCAAGAGUCUUCAUUUCACUUUGACAGAUAUAUCUCCUGCACUUUGAAGACAUUGAAGAAUUCUACACGGCAUGUUUUCCACUGUGAAGCUGAAGCUCUGCCAUUGGAGCCCACUUUUGAGCAAGGUCCCCUAUUUUCCUGGCCACAGGCUAGACUGCCCAAGAAGAGCAGCACCUGAGGAGAGUCUGGGCACUGUCUGUACUCACUCUGAGGACACAGGGUCACCAGGAAGGAUCAAAGCUGGUGUGUAGGUGAAAAAAGACCCUGUGGGAUGCCACCCCAGACCUUAUGCCAUGCUUCAAGAGAAGCGCAUAGGGCACUCCUUACCGCAUAAGCUGUGCCAAGCCCCCAGCUUCCUGGCCUUGGCAGUGGCGUGACACUAUUGUGUCUGGAAUAUAUCUAGAGGAAGGCUUCUGGGGGCAGAACCAAGAGACUAAGGCUCAGGCUAUACCCUGGAAACAGUGCUCAGGGGCUCCUGUCCCCAGGGCAGUGGGAGAGCUGGCAAGGAGGUUGGCCCUUCCCUUCACUGUGGCUAACGUUUGCUAGGCCAGUUAUGGUGAACCAAUGAUACAGUGUUUCCUCUUACAUUUCCCUCCUGUCUCCCCUUUACAGGGUCUAGGGGGGGGAUUUAUGGCUGUGGUUGUUUUUCUUCCUAUCUCAUUUGGGUCUGAGGAUGGCAGUCUAGAGAGCCCAGGCUUUGACCAAGGGAAACUGUGGUCUCUGAGGUUUCACAUGGAAGAGGGUGGCACCUUCAAGGUUCUAUUUCCAUAUGGGAAAUUGACUAGGCUUGGAGUUGGCAUUAGCAUCAUGGCCCACCAAGGUCCUACCCACCCAAGCUUCCCAUUGGGAAACCUUGACUCUUUGAACCAAAGUUCCUUAAAGGGGCACAGCCCAGCCUUGUCCUUCGGAGCCUGAAUUUGCAUAUCAGCUGGAAGGAAGAAUCCUCCCAAAGGCUCUCCUAGGACCCUUCUCCCACCCAGUCAGGGUGGGUGGUUUCCUCAACAGGGCUCAAGCUUGUGACCAGAUGUAGGCUGGGUCUGGCCAGCCAGGAAAGAACCAAGAGCCAUGUGGCAGGGCCUUCUGGGCCCCCAGCAUCAGGAAACCAUUUUGUACAACAACCUGGAGCAGAGAUAUUUUUAAGAGGCAUGAGUUAUUUUUAGUUGUCUCCUGAUCCUGUCUUUUUCCUUUCCCCCACAACUUCACGUGGAUGAUCCGUUCACAUCAGGUAAAUCUUGAGAACGCCUUGGUGCCCCCAUCCUCCUGCCCCCCAACUCAGUGACCACAUGUGUGCGUCCCCAUCCUGUCUCAGUAGUAAUGACGUUCUAGGCAAUACCAUAGACACAUCCGUGUCUCGCUUUGAGUGCAAGAAACUCAAGUCAUCUUUAAAAAAAAUUAAAAACACAAAAAAAUUACAAAAAAAAGCAAACACACACACAAAAAAAUAUCUUUUUUAGGCCAGAGUUUUCUACAGGUAUUAAUGAAUAUUUUUCUUAAUCCUUAUAAGUUUUAUGUGUUUAAUAUUUCUUAAUACCAGUAGCAUUAAUUUAUACUUUUGUAGCAACAUAAUAUUUUUAUAAACAGCCAGUGCUUGGCUUAAGUCUUCACGGGGGUUUGUGCAGGGCUAUCUUAGGGACCCUGUGUACCAUGUACUGUAUUUAAGAGUUACCUAGUGUCGCACUUGCUGUGUUAAUUAACAAAGAUGUCGUUGGUGGUCUCCUGUCCCAUGGCGUGGUUCCCGCAGUCCUUCAAGGAGCCACAUUGCAUGGAGUUGAGUUGCCAGUUCUGGUGAUACAUAAACUCCCAAGUCAAACUUGUGGGUUUAUUUAGGGUUUUCUGUGCGUCCUUUUGGGGUGUUUUGCUUUUGGUUUGGAUACUGUUUCUCCAUUUUACAGCCAAAUAGGUUUCAUGCUGUUUAAAAAUUUUACUGAUGUUAAAUGGAGGAAAGGAACAGAAAAAUUUUAAAAAGAGAGAUUUUUACAAAGUAAUAAAAUUUAAAACUGAGCUGUUUCAAUGUUGCUGUUUUUACCUGUCUGUUCUCAUUCAAAAUGGAGUGUUCCCAUGGAGAAGUGGAAGGUUCCACUGGGUUCCUUAAGUCACCAAAAGCCCUAGCCCAAGAUUCAGUUUCUCCCCCGACCCCCAAACCCAGUUGGUUUAUGCCAAGGCAGAAAGACAUCCUUUCGGUGACUGGAGGACCAGUCGCUGGGCGCGUUCACAGUUCAUGUCAUCAGUGUUGUAUUUAUGGUUUUACAAUAAAACGGCCUCUAGGAA